AUGUAUCUCAAAUUUGCUCUUGCCACUAUUUUGACGACUGCUUCCCCUAUUUUAGCUAUUCCUCAAAGCCCAUGGCUACUUGGAUAUGCUCAGUGCUUGUCACUAGACGAAUGUUCCUGGGUAUACUCAAACGGGAAUUACCACUGCGUCUGCGACUAUUGCCCAACCACUGAUUACAACGAUCCCUACCUUGCAUCCUUCUUCACAGGCUCCAACUUUAAGGGCUCGGAACUCAAAACGUACGGGCCUUACGGGGAGUGCGUCAACCUGCCAGCAGUCUGGACCCAGCAGCUGAACUCUAUGGAAUCGAAUACCAAUCCGGCAGACAUCUGCUGCGUCUUCACCGCGACCAAUUGCAACAUACAACAUGCUUUUACCACUGCUGCUGCAAGCAUUGCACAGUUGAUUGGCGAUUAUAAGGACGGUAUCAGGUCGUUGGUGUGUUCGCGUUGGGUCAACGAGCAGUCGACGUGUGCUCCUUGGGUGCCUUCAUCUCCCCCAAACACACUUUACGUACGGGAAACAGAGAGGUUUGCUGGGUGA